AUGCUAGGAGUGUCCCGUUUCACGCAAGUGAGGGACGCGAUUCGAAAUUCCUUCCUACGUCAACGAUCGAAGAUUAGAGACGCCGCCGCGUUUGCCAAGCAAAGUAAAAUAAGGUGGGCCGGACACGUGAUGCGCUUUAAUGACAACCGUUGGACCAGAGCCGUGAGCGACUGGGUUCCCCGCGAUAUUAAGCGCACUACAGGAAGACCGCCGACCCGAUGGUCAGAUUUCUUCACGAAGUCCUUCAAAGAAAAAUAUGAUGCUCUUCGUGUCCCACGCGAAAGGAGGAACCACUGGGCUACUCUAGUACGCGAUCGGGACAAAUGGAAGAAUUACUGGCGCCCGCUCGGCCAGUUCGAAAAUCAACGGGAGUCAAGGUGA